UUAAAGAGCGCCUAAUAUAUACAUGUUUUUGAAGGCGGGCAGAGGAAAAAAAGUCCCCCCAGUGAGGGACUAUGGGCCUGAUUGUAUAGUUAUGAUGGAGCCCCCUUUGAGCAAGAGGAACCCGCCAGCGUUGAGAUUAGCGGAUUUGGCAACGGCUCAGGCCCAACCGCUUCCGAAUAUGACAGGCUUCCCGGUGCUGGCCGGCCCGCCCGCCCACUCCCAACUCCGCGCCGCCGCCGCGCAUCUCCACCCGGCGGACCUAGGCGCUGACCCCGGCGUGGCCAUCACUCCGCUCGUGGAGCACAUGGCCCAGGCUAGUGUGCAGGGCCUCAGCCCUCCCUCCCAGGCGCUCCCGGCGCAGGCCGAGACUCCGGUGCCUGCCGCCCGCACCGCAGCUUCAGUGGCGCACCCAGGCGCCCGCACCUUCCCCGGUGGCGGGGGCAGCGGUGGCGCGCAGGUCUCUGCCCCCCCGCCUCCAGCCCCUCCUCUUCCUCCCUCCCCGUCACCCCCUCCCCCGCCUCCUCCUCCUGCCCUCUCGGGCUACACCACCACCAACAGUGGCGGCGGCGGCAGCAGCGGCAAAGACCACAGCAGGGACUUCGUCCUCCGGAGGGACCUUUCCGCCACGGCCCCCGCGGCGGCCAUGCACGGGGCCCCGCUCGGAGGGGAGCAGCGGUCCGGCACCAGCUCCCCCCAGCACCCGGCCCCGCCUCCCCACUCGGCCGGUAUGUUCAUCUCCGCCAGCGGCACCUACGCGGGCCCGGACGGCGGCGGUGGCUCGGCGCUCUUCCCCGCGCUGCACGACUCUCCGGGGGCUCCUGGCGGUCACCCACCCCCCCUCAACGGCCAGAUGCGCCUGGGGCUGGCGGCCGCGGCUGCAGCCGCCGCGGCCGAGCUGUACGGCCGCGCCGAGCCGCCCUUUGCUCCGCGCUCCGGGGAUGCGCACUACGGGGCGGUGGCGGCCGCUGCAGCCGCCGCCCUGCACGGCUACGGAGCGGUGAACUUAAACCUGAACCUGGCGGCGGCGGCGAUGCAGCACCACGCGCCGCCCCCGGCGCCGCCGCCAGCGCCCGCGCAGCACCCGCAUCAGCACCACCCCCACCUCCCGGGGGCAGCCGGGGCCUUCCUGCGCUACAUGCGGCAGCCAAUCAAGCAGGAGCUCAUCUGCAAGUGGAUCGACCCGGAGGAACUGGCCCGGCCGCCGCCGCCACCGCCCCCGGAACUGGCCCGGCCGCCGCCGCCACCGCCCCCGGCCGGCGGCGCCAAGCCCUGUUCCAAAACUUUCGGCACCAUGCACGAGCUGGUGAACCACGUCACGGUGGAGCACGUGGGCGGCCCGGAGCAGAGCAGCCACGUCUGCUUCUGGGAGGACUGUCCACGCGAGGGCAAACCCUUCAAAGCCAAAUACAAGCUCAUCAACCACAUCCGCGUGCACACCGGCGAGAAACCCUUCCCCUGUCCGUUCCCGGGCUGUGGCAAGGUCUUCGCGCGCUCCGAGAACCUCAAGAUCCACAAGCGCACUCAUACAGGGGAAAAGCCUUUCAAAUGUGAAUUUGUCGGCUGUGACAGGAAGUUUGCCAAUAGCAGUGAUCGAAAGAAACACUCCCAUGUCCAUACCAGCGACAAGCCCUACUACUGUAAGAUUCGUGGCUGUGACAAAUCUUACACCCACCCAAGCUCUCUGAGGAAGCACAUGAAGAUUCACUGCAAGUCUCCCCCACCUUCUCCAGGAGCCCUUGGUUACUCAUCAGUAGGGACUCCGGUGGGCGACCCCUUGUCCCCUGUGCUGGACCCAGCCAGGAGUCGCUCCAGCACCCUAUCCCCUCAGGUGACCAACCUCAAUGAGUGGUACGUUUGCCAGGCCAGCGGGGCCCCCAGCCACCUCCACACACCUUCCAGCAAUGGAACCACCUCUGAAUCUGAAGAUGAGGAAAUGUAUGGGAACCCUGAAGUUGUGCGGACGAUACAUUAGAAUUAUUAAUAAGAGAAUAAUAAGUGGGAGUCCUUGGACCAUGUCCUAACCUGAGACAAUGCCAAGCCUGAGACAAACUGGUGACUCAGACUUGCCACCAGGUCUAAUUAGCCCUAUUUAUUCAGUAUGAAACCCUAUGGUGUUUAUACAUUUAAUUAAUUUAAUUAAGAUAUUUGGGCUUUUUUCCCCUUUCCUCUUUAAAAAACAAAC